AUGUCAUCUGCAGGGGGUACAGAUGGCGACUGGGAGGAGUUGACUUCCCCGCUUUCCUUUGUGGAGCUGAUGGCCCUAAAACGCCUAGGGGAUACAGAGAAGUCGCAUGCCAGCAUCAACGAGCCAGAGAGAAUUGAGCGAUUCCGGUCAUUGGCUGCGCCUUUUCCUCCUGGCGAAGGGAAUCGUUCAUUUGGUGGACAUGUAUACGCUCAGUCCGCAUAUGCGGCAUCCAAAACUGUCGGUACAGGGUUUGUGGUCCAUAACAUGACGGGUACAUUUAUUCGCGGCGGACGGCUAGAUAUCCCUGUCGAUGCAGAUUGGUGGAUCGAGACCGUCCAGCGGGAAGGCAUCGACGAGCGGGAGUUUCCUGGGCUUGAUGUGCGAAAAGUCGAUAUGAAAGACUAUAACCAGUCUAAAUCGAUCCGAGAGCAACCGGAGAAAUAUCGCCAAUUGACGCAGUACCGCCUAAAGGGUCUACCGGACGAAGACCCCAAAGCAACUUCCGCCCAGAUCAGAGAGAGGGAGGCUAGAGGAGAAUACGACAAUCUUUAUGCCUGCGCACACAUGUACUCGAGUGACAAGAACUCUCUUCUUUUGAUCCCGCGGGCUCUUGGCAUCAAAUACUGGGCCGAGAUGUCUAGUCUUACUUUGACCGUUAUUAUCCAUCAGCAUGGGGAGGCACUACGAAUGAUCGAUUGGGAUGCCAUGCCAGGCGACAAAACCUCUCUUGUGCCAAUGAAGUGGUUUAUCCAGGAGGGCUGGACUCCGCAAUCUGCGGAGAGCAGGGCCGUGCAUGAAAGUCAUUUGUGGAGUCCAGAUGGCACACUGAUUGCCACAUCUUUGCAGGACAGCCUGCUCCGAUUACGAAAGGCUGAGCGCUCGGGGAAUCUAUGA